GCACAGGCUCAGGUGCUCACCAAAUCUCUGGUAAUUAAAGACUCAUUGCCAGAGAAAAUUGAGAACUCACUGGAGGAUUCCAGUGAACUAGUCGAUGAAAUCAUUCAACGGAUUAUUUGUUCAUCGACUAUUUUCGACGCACAUCAAGAAAAAUUACCCAAAAGAAAAGAUCCUGAACGACCUGCUUGGAAUUACACAAGAGAAUAUGGAAUCCCAGACAUAAGGAAAUCUCGAAAUUUAACCGAAAAAAUGCUCCAACUUUGUGAGUCUCUGUGUGGACUUGACAUGAUGCAGCAGCGACAGAUCAUUCAUGACGAAUUAGUGCAAGUGCCGUUCGUUAAAGACGGAGACCUUGUCAAAUUCUCAACGAAAAUAGAUUUACUUAUGACGUCAAAAAUUCCCUUAAAACCGAUGGGUUCUCCCCAAGACGCAGCAGAUAAAUCUCUCCCAGAGCUUUAUCCUCUCGUAUCAACAGCUGGCUUACGAGCCUAUCACUUUUACAACUUAAAAUCGCUGUAUCCUGUGGCUAAAACAUCCCCUUGGGCCACUCCUCACACAAUUUUCAUCUACCACGACCCUGAGACAGUGAAAAAUCUGACGGAAAUAGCCGUAAAAGAGGAUCAACUAUUGGCAAGAUCUCUAAUUGAAUCAUUCGCAACAGCCGCGACUUAUGCGAGACAAAAAUACGGAGACACCAUCGAAGAUUUGCCAGAACCGUUGACAGUUCAAUGUGUUCAAGUAAACGUGCAAAAUUAUCAUUUCUCAGUAUUUCAAUUGAACACUUUAAACAUCGAGGGUACAGAGGGAAAAAUGAAUUACUGGUGGUCGUCACCGCAGAUGAGUCUAUUCGAAAAAGCCAAGUAUGAAAAUGCAAGACCAGUGUUUGAAGGCUACAAUCCUGAAGUGUUUAAACGCAUAUUAGCAUUUUAUAAAAAUGUUUAAAUAGAAGGAAUAAACUUUGUACAUAUAUAACGUUCAGUUUACAGAUCUUGAGAUAAAAUUUGUUCUAUUAAUAUUUCUCAUUAUUUUAAAUUGAGUCGAAGUGUUUUAAUAUAAUUUACUAACUAUA